CCGAGGAGCGGGAGGAGGCGGAGGAGGAGGAGAGGUCGGAGCCGUCUCCAGGAGCCCUUGGAGACCGAGUCCCCGGUGGCGGCAGCGGCGGUGGGGGCAGCGCAGCGGCAAGCGAGUUCAUCUGACCACUUAAAGCCUGAAAACAGUGGACCCACGAAGGCUUGCUGAUUUCAGGUGAAAAGAAUUGAAGAUGUCCAGCAAAACAGCAAGCACCAACAACAUAGCCCAGGCAAGGAGAACUGUGCAGCAGUUACGAUUAGAAGCCUCCAUUGAAAGAAUAAAGGUUUCAAAGGCAUCCGCAGACCUCAUGUCCUACUGUGAGGAGCACGCCAGGAGUGACCCUUUGCUGAUAGGAAUCCCAACCUCAGAAAACCCUUUCAAGGAUAAAAAAACGUGCAUCAUCUUAUAGUGGAAUCGUGAAACUGGUCCUCGCCUCUUGUCUCAACAAAGCAGAGUAUGAGCAGCUCCUGGAAGAGAUCCACCUGCAGCUUAUUUGGUAACCACUGCUAAUAACUAAAAUGCUCUGAACUUGGAAUGAUGGACUCUGAAGUCUUUAUUUUCCCAGUUGCCCUCUCUCUAAGAUACCCUUUACUGAUCUAAUACAGAGUAACAAUCUAGUUUUCCAUUUGGUGACUGUGGUGUUAUAUUGGGUCACUCACUGUGUAAGGAACAUUAAUGUAGGCCUUUUGAAAAAACACAACUGCAUACUUUACAUGUACAGUUGAUUCAGAUAUGUUAAGACCUAAAUUGCCUAAAAGCACCUGUCAAAUUAAACUGCCAAGCAUAACUUGAAUCCUAAAACCUUUAUAUCUUAUUAUGUUCUCAAUAUGGUUUGUGCCACCCUGUGUAGGAUAUAAGGAGAGUGGUGUGUUUUGUGUGUAUUUAUGUGUGUGUCUGUGUAUAUACACAAAUCACAACUUCUUUAUUAAAACAUCCCUCUCUCCAUAUCAGUUCCUCAAGUCCAGAAGUCAUACUUUGGUCUUGAGCCAUCUGUAGGUAGAAUAAGACAUUCUUUUUUUUUUAGUUACUGUACAAAGACGAAUGAACAUCCUGAAGAUUGUAUCAUGGUCAUUAAGUAAGGCACUCAUCUCGCCUCUCUUGAAGUCAGCCUGGGCCUCUUUAGGCUACAGUGGACUGUGCUGUUGAACACUGAAGGCUCUUUGAUGAUCAGAGCUGUUUCCUCACGAGGAGCCUUUUGGGCCUCAGUGCUCCUGAGUCUAGCAAGGGGGAGGAGAACCUUGGGAGGCCUGUGGGCAGCAACUGUGCUCCUGGGGCUCGUGUCCUCUCCCAGAUCAGGGGUAGAAACCCCUGGAAGUUCCACCCUAAUGACUGCAAGAGGACAGACUGAGCCCGGUGACGGGAAGAGAUGCUCUGGGUCCAGCUUUUGACUCAGCCCUCCCCUUCCUCCCCAGACCUUUCUUCUCCACGGGAGCAUCUGUUUGCAGAGGUAACAGUCCCUUCCCCAGCCCCGGGGGGAGGGCAGACUAUGGUGGGCAAGAAACAUACCCCAUAUGUAAAUAGAUCAAGACCCUAAGCUGUCUUCACUACCUUGUCCACAAACCAUCAGAGAGGCGUGUAGCCACCCAAGAGGGGCUCGGAUUUAGUGGGAUGCCAGCAACUGCAUGUUGGGUUUCUUGAUUUUACCCUGGGCACGAAUACAGCUGUUACAUCCUCUGAAUUGCCAGUGAGGAUCCCAAAACAAGGAGUCUCCCGUGCCAGGAGAAUAUCUUGACUUUAUCAAGGUCCUUUUUAAAAAUGCUCACAUGGAAGCCCAAAUCGUACAGUUAUGCCUUUGAUUUUAGUUCAUCUUCAGUUCAUGAAAAGUAACUACCAAUGAAGGAUUAAAAACUUAUUCUCAAAAAGGAUUCAACCUCAACAAGGAAUUAUUUACAACAGACUUUCCUAAUCCCGUAGCAACUGCCCUGCAAAGCAAGCCUCUUUUAAAAUCUGAAGUCUGGGCUUUGUGGAUUGUGUUCUUUGAACACAUGCAGGCCUAGUCUAAACGGUUCAAACCCAUGCAGUCUUUCUCCAGGUCACACACCUGCGUGGCUUUGGGAACCACCACCCUCACUUUUCCAAGACCACGUGAAAGUUAUGCACUGCCCCUUAAUCUUUUAUCAUCCACUGCGUGGUUCUGUCACAUGCCCAGUUCCCCAGUAAAUCAUAGGCACCUGUUUAGGAGAGAGGACGUUUGUACCUUUUCAAAAGGUGAAAUUUGAAAUGACAUUAGCGAGACAUCUUUACAUUUAAUGCUUCACUUAGACAUUCUUUUUUUCAUAAGCAUAUUUUUCUACUGAUGGUUUCAGAACACUAAUCUUAUUUUCACUCUGAUUUUUAACAUGUUUCUUUAAAUAUUUAUAAUUCAGCUUAUUACAAAAUACUUUCAUUAAAUUACUUUUAUUAUAUCACUGUGCACAUAUUAUCAGUAGCAAGCAUAGCUUAUUCUCUAGUACUGCAACAUGAUCUUUUAUCUAUUAGUAAACAAAUGUUUUGCUAUGUAUUUGUUAAUAUUCAUAUAGUGGUAAGAAGUAGACUUAAGGUUCCAGGAGUUUUCAUUUUAUUUUCAUCAGUCAGAUAUAAUUAAGACUCUGAAUACAAAUGUCAUGUAACUUCUUAAGCAGGUGUAGGGCAUGUUUAUGAAAAAGUGGAAGCAAAUUAUUUGAUGCUGGACCCAAAAGGGCACAUAUUGUAGCCAAAUGUUAAUUUACUUAUAACUAGACGUCUAUGUGAGAAAAUAUAAUAUAUGUAUACACAUAUAUGGUAUGAAAAGUCACUUUUAUUUAUCAGGCUCUGUUCUACUUAGGAAGCCACAGUUUAGCUAUCUGCAGCAGCCGACUUAUGAUCAUGACGGACAAAGGCCCAGUGUGUGUUAUUUUUGCUAACUACCACUCUAAUGACACACUCCGAUACAUACAGGCAACUUCUUGGCUUCAUUUCCAUGAAGCUAGUUAAGUGUGCUCAAUAAACUUUGUCAUUAAAGCUGCUUCUGUUGACAGUGAUCUCUUUUUCAUUCUUAUAUCUUAUGAGUUCAUCAUAAAUCUGUCUAGUUGAGGCCUCAAGACCAUGGCAAGAUGUGCUAGAAGAAUUUCCCACCUCCAAACUAUUUUACAGAAACUUUUUUUUUUUUUGCUAGGGGAAGCAUUUUAUAUGCAAGGUGGUUCACAAGCUAUGGGAUUUAGCUAAAAACUUUUUUUUCUCUUCUCCAAAUAAAACAUCAAGCUUUUUUUUUUUUUAAUUCCAUGAAAAGUGCCAUACUUACUUUUUAAGGGAAAAAGCUGAUUUUUUCUUUCUGUUCAGACUGUUUUUGUACCUUAUUAAUCUUUAUAACAAAAAAACCUUUAUACCAAUGGUUUAGUAACUUUGAGGCAUACAUUAGUUUAUAGAGUUGCAGAUGUGCCAAAUUUUCUCUUCAAAUGCCACUGUCUCCACCAGUUUAUACCUAUGAUUGUGUCAUUGAUUGACUGCUCUGAAUUUUGAUGUGAGAGGUAUAAAGGCCCAAGAAGUGCAUUCCCUUACAUGUCAGCCACUUCUCCAUGAAAUCAAUGUUUUAAAUUCUGUUGGUUUCAUUUAUGGUAGACCUGUUAAUAGGAAAAACUAUAUUGAAUCAAAUAUAAUUAUGUAUGUGUGUUAAAAUCGAGCACUUGCCUGAAGCUGGUGGCCUGGAUCGUUUUCUAGUCAGUUCUGUGUCGUGUGACUUUGUAACAGGCCUUUUACCUCUCUGGGCCUCCAUUUCUCCAUUUGUAAAACAAGGGGCUGGAGAUAGAUAGUGGUUGAGAUCCCUUCCCGACCCCAGAUGCCUUGGUCCUGUGACCCCACCCCUCUGCUGGUUCUGCCAACGUGUUGGUGCUAUAAGCUGCUUCAGAUACAAAAUUUGUCUAUAAUAUAUGCUCAUUUAAUUGCUUACAAAAGACCCUUUUGUUAUAUAGUGCUUCUUUUCUAGUUUAAGGACUUGCUUCCUGUAAUGAUGUCUUGUUCUUAGUUAUAUAAUUACAAACCCGUAUUCUCCUGAUGUCUGAGUAAAUUUACAUUUGAUAUAUCCUUGGUGAGAUUUUGUUAUAACGUUCUUUGGCUACUCAUCUGUCCAGCAUCUUAUUAACCUUGACACUGUGAUCAUUGUUGGGAAAUGUGUCCUUUGGAAUGAAUCGAAGUGUUGACUUCACAGCUAGCGUGUACACGGAUUUGAAAGUUUCAUUAAAAGCACUGUUGCUUUCUUUAC